AUGUCUCCGUCUUUAAUGGGCAAGGGCGAGGGCAGCGCCCCCUCACGCAUCCCCUUCUGGCGCCUCCUCUUCGACCAGGGCGCCGUCACCCAAGCCGUAAUCGACCACCCCUACCCAGGCACGGGCACAGAAUCCGACCCCUACAUCAUUAGCUGGAUCCCCGACGACCCGCGCAACCCUCUCCUCUUCCCGGCCGCGCUCAAAUGGUCCAUCACGGUGCUGGUCUCCAUGUGCACGCUGGCCGUCUCGCUCGUCUCCUCCGGCUACUCGGGCAGUCUGGUCGAAGUCGUGUCGUACUUCGGAAUCAGCCAGGAAGUCUCGUACCUGGGUAUCUCGCUGUACGUGAUUGGGUUCGCGGUCGGACCGAUCUUCUGGGCGCCGCUAAGCGAGAUCUACGGACGGCGCUGGAUCUAUAUCGCUAGCGUGGGAUCGCUGGCGGUCUUCACGGCUGGUGUGGCCGGUGCGCGGAAUACGCAGACGUUGCUGGUAUUGCGCUUCUUUGCGGGGAGUCUGGGGUCCGCGCCGAUGGCUGUGCCGGGGGGUGUGAUUGCUGAUAUGUUUCCUCCUGUUCCGCGCGGACUCGCGGGAGCCGUUUAUGCCGCGGCACCGUUUCUGGGUCCGGUUCUUGGUCCUAUUAUUGGCGGGUUCAUUGCUGAGAGCGGCGGGUGGCGCUGGGUGCAGGGGUUCCUGGCGCUCUUUGCCGCAACCCUAACGCUGGCCGUGGUCCUGCUCUUCCCCGAGACGUACGCGCCUGUUCUGCUGCGACGGCGGGCGCAGCGUCUGCAUAGGAUCACCGGACACAGCUACCGCAGUGCCUCGGACGACGGCGCGACGCCAUUCAAGGGAAAACUGAAGAUCGCGCUCUCCCGCCCCUGGAUCCUGCUUUUCCGCGAACCAAUCGUCUUUUUACUAACGCUCUACUCCGCCAUCAUCUACGGCAUUCUAUACAUGUUCUUCGCCGCCUUCCCGAUUGUCUUCCAGGAGGUCCGCGGGUGGUCCGAGGGGAUAGGAGGUCUCGCGUUCCUGGGUAUCCUUGUAGGAUGUCUCAUUGCUGGAGCCUACAUCUUUCCCGUAUACUUCUCGUACCGCCGAAAAGCCCUCGCUGCGAAACCGGGUCGCUUACCACCAGAGGAGCGUCUGCGCGGUAGUUUCCCCGCAGCAAUCGCCCUCCCAGUCGGACUGUUCUGGUUCGCGUGGACGAAUUCCCCGGGUGUACAUUGGAUGGCACCCAUAGCCGCCGGCGUACCCUUCGGUUUCGGGAUGGUCAUGGUCUUCAUACCCAUCCUAAACUACCUCGUCGAUAGCUACACCAUCUACGCAGCGAGCGUGAUGGCGUCUAGCUGGGCUCUGCGCGCGAUGUUUGGCGCGGCGUUCCCGCUGUUUACGUCUUAUAUGUUUGAGAACCUGGGGAUCCAUUGGGCGGCGAGUAUACCGGCGUUUUUGGCCACGGCUUGUGCGCCCCUGCCGUUUGUGUUUUAUGUUUGGGGGGCGAGGAUUAGGGCGAGGUCGAAGUAUGCGGCACAGGCGGAGGCUUAUAUGCGGAAGGUUAUGGGGGAGGGGGAGAAGGAGAAGCAGAGAGAGGGGGACGGGAAAGAUGAGGAGGAGGGGGGAGCAGUAAUUGAUCAGACCUUCUUUACAUUAAUUUCCAAGGUUAUGAUAGAAUACAUAUAA